AUGCUAAUUAAAAAUAAGUUAACAUUUUUCAUAAAAGCAUCGUGGGAUGAAUUAUCAAUAAGACUCCAAUAUUUAGUUUUUACCAUAGUGAUAUUAAUUAUCUUGUUAUUGUUGUACAAUAAUAAACUAACUGAUAAUCCAGAAAGUUUAAAAGUGAUAUCACUGCCUCGAAAUAUUCAACAAGCAAGUAAAAAUGAAAUUUUCACAACUGUUGAUCAAGAAAUUUCACUAUCUGUUAAUAAAGAAAUUUUCUUAGCAGUAGUUGCGUGUGGAGAUCGAGUCUCAGAAACGUUGACUUUACUUAAGUCUGCUCUAAUAUUUACAACUUCUCCUCUUCAUUUUCUAAUAGUUACUGAAAAUAAUUUAAGGGAUAGCUUUUAUGAAAAGCUUAAAGAGUGGCAAAAUGUUACAAAUGGUGCUUUUAAGUUCCAAAUAAAACCUCUUACAUUCCCAAAGGGUAUGGAAGAUGAAUGGAAAAAGUUAUUUAAACCAUGUGCAUCUCAAAGAUUGUUUUUACCCUCAGUACUACCGGAUAUUGAUGCUGUGAUUUACGUAGAUACGGACACAGUAUUUUUAGCACCAGUCGAUUAUGUUUGGGAUCAUUUUUAUAAAAUGAAUAGUUCUCAAUUAGCAGCUUUAGCACCAGAACAUGAAGAUGCAAAUGGAUGGUAUAAUCGUUUUGCACGCCAUCCUUAUUAUGGAAAAUAUGGUGUGAACUCAGGUGUAAUGUUAAUGAAUUUAACUCGAAUGCGAAGAUUCAAUUGGACGAAAUAUGUGAUACCUAUUUAUAAAAAAUAUAAGUUAAAUAUUACUUGGGGUGAUCAAGAUAUAAUAAACAUUAUAUUUCAUUAUUAUCCUGAUAAACUGUAUGUAUAUCCAUGUAGAUUUAAUUACCGUCCAGACCAUUGUAUGUACAUGAGUAUAUGUAAAAGUGCCGAAAAAGAAGGUGUUGUUGUGUUACAUGGAUCUCGUGGAUUUUUCCAUUCAUCAAGACAACCUAUUUUCCGUUCAAUUUAUCGAUCCUUUGAAGAGUAUGAAAUGGGAUCAGACAAAUACAUCAAUUUUCGAUUGCCAUUAGAAUCAUAUAUAUUAGCUGAAAGUGAUUCAACUUGUGGUCAAAUAAAAAAUGCAUUUUUAAUGAAUGUAAAAAAAUCAAUUCCAGCCGAUGAUGAUGAGAACGAUGAAAAUAAACUAUGA